CUCCAGCCGCUGCCGCUGCUUUAGCAGUUUUAGCCACUGGCCCACUGGCUUUAGCAAAGCAAGCUGAUUCUGCGCUCGACCGAAACUACCGAGACAUAGCGGGGGGCUCUCUACUAGGAUGGAGUUCUUCGGGCUGGACAAAAUUAGGAAGGUUCUCGAAAUCGUUCGGCACAAUGGGGGUGUAAUGCACUCGUUUUGGAAGAGUUUCAGGAUGGACGAUCUGCGGAUGGGAACUCUGGUAGGCACGGACAAGGUAGGAAACAAGUACUACGAAAACAACCGAUUUUUCUACGGUCGUAACCGGUGGGUCGAGUACGCCGACCACUACAACUUCGACUAUGACGGCAGUCAAGUUCCCGCCGAAUGGCACAGGUGGCUGCACUACAGCACGGACGACCCCCCGACCAAGGUGCCCCCCGUUGCCUACAAGUGGUUGGCCGAGCACACCGAGAACAUGACCGGCACCAACCAGGCCUACGUACCGUACAGCACCGUGAGGCCCAAGAUCCAGCCAUGGGUGCCUCCGGCACCCAAGAAGUGACGGGGCGUGGCGAGAGUCCGCACGGCACACUGCAGGUCUUCGUUGGAAGUAGUUUAAUGGGGGCAUUUUGUACAUAAGGUAGCGGAUCUAAUAAAAUGCCAUCACCGAA